AUGCCUGCAGCCACAGAAUCCCAGAUCCCCCUGGUUCAAUACCUAUGGACAAGAAUUCGACAAUUGGGUGUGGGGAGUGUCAUGGGUGUGCCGGGUGACAUGAACCUGGAGCUACUCGACUACAUCGACCAAGUUGAUGGCCUGUCGUGGGUGGGAAAUGCCAACGAGUUGAAUGCUGCAUAUGCCGCUGAUGGCUAUGCCAGGGUCAAAGGCUGCCCCGGCGUUGUCGUGACCACAAUGGGAGUGGGGGAGCUUAGUGCCCUCAACGGUGUUGCUGGCGCAUAUACGGAGCAGGUUAAGCUCAUUCACAUCGUCGGCACAACUCCGACCCAUGUCCAAGCCAAGCGUCUCAUGAUCCAUCACAGCCUUGGACCAAACCCAGACCACAAGGUCUAUGAGAAGAUCUCGGCCCACGUUCGAUGUGCUCAUGCAUGGCUAGAGGAUGCGGCAACUGCUGGCGCUGAGAUUGAUAGAGUCAUUGGGGAGUGCCUACUACGCUCAUUACCGGUCUACUUGUUUGUUCCUAUGGACUUUGUUCACGUACCCAUUGAUGCUUCAUCCCUUCGAUCACAUAUUAAGCUCAACCCCCCCAUCAACGUCGCCAACGAAACAGAGGCGCUGUCCAUCGUCCUCAAAGCUUUGCAGACGGCAAAGGACCCCAUAUUGCUGGUCGAUUGCCUCACAGAUCGUCAUGGGGCUGUACAAGAAGUCAGAAAACUGGCCGAUAGUCUCGACCUUCCUAUUUUCUCGACGUCCAUGGGAAAGACCAUCAUCGAGGAAACUCACCCACGAUAUUGUGGAGUAUACAACGGUGAAGUCUCUUACCCCGGAGUCAAAGCCGCUGUUGAGAGCAGCGACUGCAUUCUGAACCUCGGACCUCUUCUCGCUGACAGCAAUACUGGUGGGCACACAAGAGAGAUUCGGCCUGAACAAGUUGUUCUUGUUGAGCCUGACAGCUGCACUGUCUUUGGGAUCACAUAUAAUCAAGUCUACCUGAAGCCAUUUCUCCAGAAGCUGUUGUGCGCGCUGGGAACCGUCAAACUGCCAUCUGCAACAGUACCAGUACUGCCGAGCCAACCAGUGGCAGAAGACGCAGAUUCCAAGAACAUUGUCCAAUCUUGGAUCUGGAAACGUCUUGGUGAGCUUACUCAGCCAGGAGACAUUCUCAUCGCAGAAUCUGGCACGGCCCAAUUCGGAUUUCCAGAUGCCACAUUUCCAGCUGGUGUUAAGUAUGUGACGCAGGUCUAUUACGGCAGCAUUGGGUACUCGGUAGGAUCCUGUCUGGGUGUCGCCAUCGCUCAGAGGGAGCUGCAAGCCGAGACUGGGGUGAAGGACGGACGGACUAUCCUUGUUGUUGGAGACGGUAGUCUGCAGUUGACUGUGCAGGAAGUUGGAACAAUGAUUCGCUUGGGGCUGAACCCUCUACUUAUCGUCAUCAACAACAAGGGCUAUACGAUUGAACGUGCCAUCCACGGCCCCCAGGCUGGCUACAACGACAUCGCGUCAUGGCGCCAUCAGUCACUGCUCACGUUCUUUGGCGCAGCUAAUGCCCAAGAGUCAAGCCGUGAGGUCCGCACAAAAGAGGAGUUGGACAAGGUGUUUUCACUGCCAGACUACCAGUCUCCGAAGAACAUUCAACUGCUUGAGGUACACAUGGACGUCAUGGAUAUCCCCUGGCGAUUGCGGAACCAAAUUGCCAUUGUCAACGCGCGAGCCAAGGCGAGGAAGACAAACUUGGAAUCCGGCGUCAAUGGCGCAAAUGGUGCAAAGGCUAGAUAG